AUGAAGUGCAUAAAAACACCUAAAAUAAUUCUAGUUCCAUAUCCAGCGCAAGGUCAUGUCACUCCCAUGCUCAAGCUGGCCUCAGCCUUUCUUAUCCAUGGUUUCGAGCCAGUGAUGGCCACCCCAGAAUUCAUCCACCAAAGGAUCAUAUCAAACAUCGAUCCUAAGUCCAAUAUUUCAUGCAUUUCAAUACCAGAUGGGUUGGAAAUGGAUAAGCCUCGUGACUUCUUUGCUAUUGAGAAGGCUAUGGAAAUCAACAUGCCAAUUCACUUGGAGGGUCUAGUUCAGAAAUUCAAUGAAGAUGGUGAAGUGGUGGCGUGCAUGAUUGUUGAUUUAUUAGCAUCGUGGGCUAUUGAAGUUGGCCAUCGAUGUGGGGUUCCUGUGGCUGGAUUUUGGCCUGCCAUGCUUGCCACAUACCAGCUGAUUGCAGCCAUCCCUGACAUGGUUAGAACCGGCCUUAUUUCUGAUACUGGAAGUCCUCAAAAUCUAGGUCCUUUAUGCUUUCUACCUAAUCAACCUUUGCUAUCUAGUGAAGAUCUUCCAUGGCUAAUUGGGACUCCAACUUCAAGGAAAGCAAGGUUCAAGUUCUGGACAAGAACCUUAGAUCGAUCAAGAAAUCUUCCAUGGCUACUUGUGAAUUCCUUUCCAGAGGAAUGCGUUGAUCCUGACAAAACACAAAAUGGUGCAUGGCCAGAGAAGUCUAUGAAUCAACCACUUACUAUCCAUGUUGGAGCUUUGAUUAAGCAUGCACUAGUUAGAAACCCUAGCUUAUGGCAAGAAGAUAUGAGUUGCCUGCAAUGGCUAGACAAGCAAAAGCCUAACUCGGUUCUCUACAUUUCAUUUGGAAGUUGGGUUAGCCCAAUUGGAGAGGGGAAAGUGAAAAAACUUGCAUUGACGCUUGAAGCUAUGGAGCAACCUUUUAUUUGGGUGCUAGGGCCUACAUGGCAAGAUGGGUUACCUUCAGGAUAUAUAGAAAGAGUUUCAAAGCAAGGUAAAGUGGUGUCAUGGGCACCACAAUUAAAGGUAUUGCAACACAAGGCUGUAAUGUGUUAUCUCACACAUUGUGGAUGGAAUUCAACAAUGGAAGCAAUACAAUGCCAAAAAUGUCUUAUAUGCUAUCCAGUUGCUGGAGACCAGUUUGUUAAUUGUGCCUACAUUAUCAAGAAAUGGAAAAUUGGAGUGAGGAUCAAUGGAUUUGGGCAAAAAGAAAUGGAGCAAGGCUUGAGGAGGGUGACGGAAGAUAUAAAGAUCAGCAACAGGGUAAAGAGACUGCAUGAGACAACCAUGGGAGAGGAGGCCGGUUUAAUAAUGAUGUCAAAUGUCACCACUUUCGUUGGUGAUUUCAAGAAGCAAACAAAUGGAUUUCCUUAUUGA